GCGGCGAUUUAAACCGUCUCUACAUAUAUGAAGGGUGAAAAAGGAAAUUUGUAAAUCUCUUUCACGAUGUCUUUUUCUUCGAUCUCAUUUUAUGCUUUUCACAGCGAUUCAACGAUAUUAUCUCUUCGAUCCUUUUUGUUCCUUUUCUAUUCGAUUCAUUGAUGAUUCAGACAUAUUGAAACGUUUUAAUUGAUUCAACGAUGCACAAUCUUCUUCUUUACUGAUUUUUUCAUCGAUUCAACGAUGCUUUCUCAAAGUUCAAAUUACUGUCUUCGAUUGUGAGGUUUCUAUUUUUAUUUUUAUUUUGAGCAAUCCUUGGGCCUAUUGUGCUAUUAAAUUUGUCUCUCUACUGCUGCGUUUUCUUCUCGGCUUCACAACAAAUUACUACUGCUGCAUUGCCAAGUUUGCAGAUAUAAUCACUGCCAAUCCAGUAAAGAAGCUAUUAAGCUUCUUCAAAUCUAAUGAGUUCUCUAAAGAGAGGAACUAGGUGGUAGCAACAUUACUAGGCUUUAAAUUUUUAAGGUGUUUCUCACAUCUUUUCUCGCUGACGUAUUGGUUGAACCUAAGGCAAGGUUGCUAGUUUUAAUGGAUAAAAGUUGGAUGAUCCAGCUAAGGCAUAGUGAUGAAUAUAGAAGAGGGGUUAAGAAUUUUCUUGAUUUUGCUUUUCAUAAUGCAUCUGAAGAUGGAAGAAUUAUGUGCCCGUGUAGAAAUUGUGUUAGCCGUUAUCUGCGAACAUACGAUGAGGCUGAAAUACACUUAGUAUGUAAUGGUUUCAUGAAGGGGUAUACACGAUGGGUAUUUCAUGGGGAGGCGUAUUUCACCAGUAGUACAUCAUCAGCUGGUAUGCACACUUCUACUGACAUAAUGGAAUCUGUUCAAGAUUGCACUAUGGCCAAAUCGAAUCCAUGGAUGUUAGAUGAUGUAACUGGGUUGCUACAUGAUGCUUUCAAUGUAGUUCGGAAAACGAAUGAGGUUCCAUUAGAUACUGAUAGGAUUUCUAAUCCUGGAGAAAAUGAGGUGGAAAUAGAAAAUGGUAGUAUAUAAAUGGAAUCAGAAGGAAUGCAUCAUGAAGCUUCUAGCAAGGAAAAUGUUGAUUUUGUGAAAUUAUUGAAAGCUGCAGAUGAAGAAUUAUAUCCAGGAUGUAAGACAUUUUCUAGUUUGUCCUUUUUCCUGCAUUUGUAUCAUUUAAAAUGCUUACAUCGGUGGACUGAAAAAUCAUUUACUAUGCUACUUGAGUUGUUACUUGAUGCAUUUCCUGGGGGCAUGUCAUUGUCGAAGUCUUUUUAUCAAGCUAAGAAAAUCAUUCAAGCGUUAGGACUGGAUUACAAAAAGAUUCAUGCUUGUCCUAAUCACUGCAUGUUGUAUUGGGGUGAGACUGAGAACCAAGAGUUAUGUCGUAUUUGUGGGUCUUCUAGAUGGGCAGUUUCUAGAGGAAGUAAUCAAAAUGAUUCAACUAAUGUUCCUCAAUCUUCUUCUUUAGCUACCAAGAAAAAACCAGCGGAAGUCUUGCGUUAUUUUCCUCUAAUUCCCAGACUUAAAAGGUUGUAUGCCUCAACUAAAACCUCCAAGAAUAUGUUAUGGCAUGAAGAGGGUCGUAAGAAGGAUGGUAAGCUUAGACAUCCUGCAGAUGGUGCUGCCUGGAAAGCUAUUGAUGAUAGAUAUUCAGAUUUUUCUAGUGAUCCUCGAAAUGUAAGACUUGCUCUGGCUAGUGACGGUUUUAAUCCAUUCAGAACUAUGAGCACGUCAUAUAGCACUUGGCCAGUUGUGUUAGUCAAUUACAAUAUGUCACCUUGGAUUUGUAUGAAGCAGUCCUCUUUUAUAUUGUCGAUGAUAAUUCCAGGUGAGAAGGGUCCUGGAAAUGAUAUUGAUACUUACUUACAGCCACUUAUUCAAGAGUUGCAUGAAUUAUGGGAGGGGGUAGAUACUUAUGAUGCUUUUACACAGCAAAUGUUCCAAAUGCGGGCUAUAUUAAUGUGGACUAUAAAUGAUUUUCCCGCAUAUGCUUACUUAUCUGGUUGGAGUACUAAAGGAGAGUUUGCUUGUCCUUGUUGUGCCGAGUUUACACAUUCAAGAUGGCUAUAUAAUGGCGGUAAGCACUGCUACAUGGGUCAUAGGCGAUGGUUACCUGAGGAUCAUUCUUAUCGUCGACAAAAGGAAAAUUUUGACGGCGUUGAAGAGGUAGGGAUUGCACCAACACGACUCGAUAGUUGCAAUGUUUUGAAGCAAUUAGAUGACAUUCAAUUUUCAUCAAGAACACCUUUCAAAAGAAAGCAGUCAAAAAAGAAAAGAAAGGUAGGUGACCAAGUAGAGGAAUUGAAUGAAGAGGGAAACAUAGAGGUUAGGCAAGCUGCCAACGCUAUGAAUUGGUGGAAAAAGAAGAGCAUUUUUUUUAUGUUGCCAUAUUGGCAAUAUAAUCUUUUGCGUCACAAUCUAGAUGUGAUGCAUAUAGAAAAAAUGUUUGUGAUAAUCUUCUUGGCACAUUAUUGGCUCUUGAAUAUAAGUCUAAGGAUAAUUUGAAGGCUCGAUUAGUAUCUGAGGACUUCCUAAGUUGAUAAAUGGCAAGUUUCAUGAAUGGUUUCAGAAUAAAGUAAAUAUUAUGUGCUUUUAUUCUAACGUCUUUAUAAAUUGUUAUUAUCAAAAUUUGAAUAUACAUAAUAUGAUAGGUUUUGAGCUUAGCGAGCGACUCAAAAGUAACAGAAAAAGUUAUCGCACUUGGGAGGGGCCCGAACAAGGUUGUGAAGAAAUAUUCUGGCAUCAUUAUAAAAGGAAUGAGGUUUCAUACGACAUCGAGAGAAAGUAAAAGAAUGACUCAGAAUAGUGGUGUGAUUAAUGUCGCUGAAGAAGAUGGAUUAGUUUACUAUGGUAGACUGAAAGAGAUUGUAGAAUUGAAUUACUAUGGUAGUUUUAAAGUAGUAUUGUUUAAAUGCGAUUGGUUUGAUGUUUAUAGUACUAUGGGAAUUAAACAAGAUGAUUGUGGUUUUACUCUUUUGAAUUUCUCUCGUCAAAUACAUACGGGUGCAAGAAUUGAAGAUGACCCGUUUGUAUUCUCUUCUCAAGUUGAGCAAGUAUUUUAUGUGGAAGAUCCUAAGAAUGUGAAUUGGCAUGUCGUUAUGAGGGUUUCUCCAAGGGAUGUGUUUGAUAUGGGUAAAGAGAAUGAAGAAGAUGAUACGAACCUAGUAUCUUUGAGUGAUCAAGCUUUUGAUGAGAAUGAGCAGCCUACUUGGGUUAGAAGUGGUUUCUAUGAAGACGAUUAGAAACUGAGUUUGAGAGCUCACUAAUAUUGAUAUUUGAUAUUUCUUCGGCGAGUGGAAGUUUCAGGGUUUUAUUGUUUCACUCCAGUUGUCUAAAUGUCUAAAAAUGCAAACAUAAUGGUGAAAUUCAGAAUUCGGGAAUGUGAUUCUACAAUGCUCUUCUAUGGCCUACUAACUUUUGAACUCUCCUUAUCAACUUCCGAGCUCACCUUAUCGACCAAGGGUAUAAGCAGUGAGAUAAUGAUUUGAAGGUCUAGACUUUAAAGUGGAUUAAAGAUAAUUCCCCAAGCAACUUUUCAUAUGAGAAUCAAGUCCAGCAACAAGAACAUUCUGAAGCAUACAGAGACAUUUAGUUGUUUUGUUGAAUUAAGAUAUACCCUGGGAUUAAAAAAGAGAGGAUAUACAUGUGUAAUUCAUAAAUAUUGUUGUUCAUUUAAUUUAUACAAGUACUUUACUGAA